UAAAAAAGAAUUGCCUGUGGAUCUCUGAUAUGCCAUUAGAUUAGAUCUAGAAGGGACUUUGAAGUCUGCAUAUUUCUGGUAUGGGCCAAGACCAUACUGCUUUAUAGAGGGAGGAACCUUUUGGACUGUGUGUGGAUGGUAGGUACCGGUAGGAACUAGGAAGGGCACCUGCAAAACUGUUAAUAAGAAAAGAGAUUAGGCUAAAUAAAUAACCAUAACAGACACAUUGCAAAAAAACAAAGUGGAAAUGUGUCCAUAACAUUGAGCAACAGUAUCCAGCUAGUUUAUGUAAAAUGGGUGGGUGUCACUGUUUUUAAUUAGCUCAUCAAAUCUACACUACAAUCUUAACAGCCCUCCUGAAUACAGCCCAUUGUUCUGGGCAAAUAAUAAUAAUGUAUUCAACUUUUAUGUCGCUGUUCAUGACGUAAAUAAAUAUCAAAGCGUUGUAAAGCAACAACAAAAACGCCGUUUAAAAAGAAACGUAUCAUCAUGAGUAGAUCGACGGUUAAUAAGAGGCUGAAGGUUGAGAGAGUUCAUGGCUUGAUUGAGGUCAGCGGAGGGCGUACGUACGCCAUCAAUAGUAUAAGUGUCUGCUUUAUGUGCGUAAACUGCUCUAUGGGCAGUGUGCUGUGGAGACUAAAAGGGUCGGGGAAAGGUUAAGCGUUCAUCCGGGGUCGCCAAUGCCCUGGGGGCUAGUGUGUGUGUUUAAUCUAGAACCGAAACACGAGGUCUAUGUUGCAUUUUGAUUAUGUACUUUGGUUAGUCACGGAAUACUCUGCACUGUUAUAGUGUUUACAAUAGUUACUGAGCUUUGUUUUUUUUUACCAAGGACCUGUUGUUGCCAGACAUCUGGACAAGGUUUAGUUUCAGAUGCAGGCUAAAUGGAAAAGUAAUGUUCAGGCUACAUGGUAGUGUUUGAGAGGCAGCUGGAAACAAAGGAUGGCGAAGAAUGGAAAGGGAAAAGGCCAGGGCGCAAAUCCAGAUCUGCGUCAUUUUUUUGGGAUAUGCUGCGCUUUUGGGGUGGUCCAAAGAUCAACCUGUUGUCCACUUUAUAGAAUACACCUUAGCAGACGCGAAAUUCAGCGGUAAAUGUGACUACCUUCCUUUAUAACAGUGACAACCCUAAAAACCCAGGGGCAACAGGAUGAACAUGCUUUCGGGGGGCUUUGACUUAUCCCAACAACCAUUGCAAAAGCGGCACAGUUGACUGUCUGCCACAGAAGCAUCGCUCUUGUUUAUGGUGUGCUGCUGCCCUUCACGCCUCUCCGGAGUCUGUAGGUGGAAACCGACAGCAUCUCCAGCUCGAAGCCUGUUUUUAGUGCGCCAGGUUCGAUAAUGGAAGCAACAGAUAUCAUGGAUUUAACACCUCAGAAACCGAGAAAGCACCCGCAUCCAAUCAAUUCCGUGGAUGAGUCCGUAGUACACGCGUCCCUGAAACGAAUCUCAAUGCGAACAGGAGCGGAAUGCGGGGACGCUCCGUUCAUGUACUCAAGAAGCAACCCCUUACCUGCAGUAUCACUAAAGCAGAAUGAUAAUGCUGUGUCUUCAUCGUCAGCGCAGGAUAACCGUUCCAGCAUGUCCAGGCCAAUGAUCACCAGAUCGCCAGCGUCCCCCCUGAGUAACCAGGGCAUCCCGACACCCGCCCAGCUCACCAAGUCCAACGCCCCUGUGCACAUCGACGUGGGCGGACACAUGUACACCAGCAGUCUGGCCACGUUAACCAAGUACCCAGAGUCCAGAAUCGGCCGUCUCUUUGAUGGCACAGAGCCCAUAGUGUUGGACAGUCUGAAGCAGCACUACUUCAUUGACAGGGACGGACACAUGUUCCGCUACAUCCUCAACUUCCUCAGGACUUCCAAGCUCCUCAUCCCAGACGACUUCAAAGACUAUAGCCUGCUGUACGAGGAGGCCCGGUACUUCCAGCUGCAGCCCUUGCUGGCCGAGCUGGAGCACUGGCGCCAGGAUCGCGACUUGGCCAGGGUGUCACGCCCCUGCGAGUGCCUGGUGGUACGCGUGGCGCCCGACCUGGGAGAGAGGAUAACGCUGAGCGGAGAUAAGGCCCUCAUCGAGGACGUGUUCCCGGAGAUCGGCGACGUCAUGUGCAACUCGGUCAAUGCCGGCUGGAACCACGACUCCACACACGUCAUCCGCUUCCCGCUCAAUGGAUACUGUCAUCUCAACUCUGUCCAGGUGUUGGAGCGUCUGCAGCAGCGUGGCUUUGAGAUCGCCGGCUCCUGCGGUGGAGGCGUCGACUCUUCCCAGUUCAGCGAGUACGUCCUGAGGAGGGAACUGAGGAGAGCGGGCCAGCGAGGAGGGCCUAACUCAAACAGGAUAAAACAGGAGCAGCUGGACUAGAGACCCCCCAGAAACUGGGGGGCGCUAGACUCUUUUUUUGGGUGGCAGCCAAGCGCUCAUCGGGACGCAGCAGAGCUCUGUGGACUCUGAGGCCAUUCUUGCGAAUAUUAGAAUACGUUUAAAUGUAUACUUUUUCUCGGUCUCAUAAUGCGCAUCAGCUCAUUAGAAUCGUUGACGAAGUUGCAUGUUCAAACGCUACAUAUUAGCUUUUCCCAUCAGAGAACCUGACCUAUGCUAACCUAGCCAGCUGGCAGGGAUUGUUUCUUAUAACAAACUCUGCAUCAGCCUAUCAAAGGUCUUACUAUUCACCAACCAAUGACACCAAGGGGGCUCCCGAGUGGCCAGUGGUCUAAGACACUGCAUCUCAGUACAAGAGGCACUGCAGUACCUGGUUUGAAUCCAGGCUGCACCACAUCUGGCCGUGAUUGGGAGCUCCAUAGGGCAGCGCACAUUUGGCCCAGCAUCGCCCGGGGUAGGCCAGCAUCGCCCGGGGUAGGCCGUCAUUGUAAAUAAAACAUUUGUUCUUAACUGACUUGUCUAGUUAGAGGUAAAAUACAAAACAUACUUAAAAUAAUACAACUUGGACACCAGAGGGGUAUUUUUAAACCUCUACGUUUGCUUUUAUUCCUCUUGGUCUGUCUCAAGUGUGGAGUGCCAGUAUUGCAUGAUGCAUCCUCGACUAGGCUACUAGCUAGGUUGUCUGAUGGGAACAGGUAACAUAUAGCGGUUUGAUCACGUGCAACUAUGUCAACGAUUUGAAUUUGCUGAUGCGCAUUUUGAGACCGAGGGGAAAAGUUUCAACUUAAAUGUAUUCUAAUGUACGCAAGUAUGGCACCAUGCAGCUCGUUGUCUUUCUGUUUUUCUUUCUUUGUCAGUAUGUUUUUACAACUCGAGAAGAACCACUGAGAAAGAGAGAAAAUAAGGUGCGACGGGAGAUUUUUUGUUGUUGUUGUUGUUGCUGUAAGAACAUUUGAGUUCAUAUCUCAAGGACAUUUGUGAAUGUUCAAGCCCCCCCCCCCAAUGAGAGAGAUCAUAUUUUCGCAGGGUCCCCAAGUAAAGUUUGUUUUAAAACUUUGAACCUACGGUUAGACAUGAUCAAGACCACACAAAAUGUUAAUGGUUUGGCGGCACAUGUAGUGCAAGGCCUCUCACCAGAGAGAUGUAGUUUUUAAUUUACCCGCCUCCACAAAGUCACAUUUUUCUGCCAUACUGUAAUGUGUUGCAGGAUCUCCGUUCACAUAACCACCAUUAUUUUGAGCCGAAUAUUCUUCGAAUUCUUUCUUCUCCACACUCUUAUUCACACAGGAUGUUUAAGUAUUGUGAUACAUGCAAAUUAAGUGUUUGUUUUUAAAAAUCGAAGUUAGCUUAUUGGAUGUUAUGCUAUGAAAUAGAGUUCACAGUAUUAUCAAGAUUUUAUGUCAUAGACCAUUCUAUACUCACUACAUGAAAAGGAUGAAGUCGAUUCUAAGAAAUGGCACAGAAUUGCCUCUUUGUUAGGGGACUAAGACUAGAGAACAGAGGUCAUUUAGAGGAUCAUAAGAUCGACCUUGUGACAUACUGUAAAUGAGAUUUGCCAUCGUAUGUGUUUUGAGGUUGUUUUUUUUAAAUGUUGAAAUGGACACCUUUUUUAAACUGAAUAAUGUUGCCUCAUUAAUGACUGCAUAUGUGAGGCUAUUAUUAUAAGACCCACAUUUUAAGAAUUACUCUUAGGAUAUAUCAAUGAUAUGACGUUUGAUCAUCGAACUAUUUCCAACGCGAUCUACCUACGCUCCCUAGAUUUGAGUAAAGAGGAAUGUAGCACUAAAAUGUGAAAUAAAUCUUCAACCAAAGUUGUA